AUGGCAGUUCAGGGCUUUCUGCAUGCCUUCGAUAAGAUCGACAAGGAUCACGACCACAUAAUCAGCCAUGAGGAUCUACGAACCUACGCCAAGGAGAACAAUAUGCCCGAAUCCUUUGUCACCAAAUGGAUCUCCCUGUUUGACGACAAGAAAACCGGCAGCUUCACCUACGAACAUUUCUGUGACGUAAUCGGGUUGAACAAGAAACCACCAGCAUCUCCGGCGCCUAUACCGCAGGUCAAGAAGGAAGUCACAUAUCUGGGAGGCCCAAUGAAGGAUCCCAUGAAGUCCCGAGUCAUGGAAAUCUUCAAAAAUGAAUGGAAAGAAGAGGACGCGAGUGGCUCCGUGCAUCAGACCCUGAUGCAGCUCGAUCGAGAAUAUGGUCUAGGCUGGCGGAGUCGUACUUUUGAUGAUGAACAUAACAUCCCAAAAGUUGACAAUGUCAAGGACAACUGGAUCGCCUUCUCUCCCGACGGAGGCAAUCAUAAGUACAUAAUUUGGCAGCAGAAACUCAAGAAGUCUGGUGGUUGCUGCGCGUGUUUCGUCUAG